CAGGAGAGAAUGCAAGUGAAGAAGCAGAGGAGCCAGAUCAGCAUCCCUGUCAGUCUGAGGCAGUUUGUGGCCUCUCACAAGCCACCCUUGCUAGUGAGCAUCAUGGCAGAGUUGAGCAACAAAGCAGCACUGCCAGUGGAAGGCCAUUCCUCACCAGCACCAGGGACACCACGGGGAAGGUGUGAAGACAAAAGGCAGCAGAGACUGGCAUCAAAGCCUCAUUUUAGGCUCACAGCUGGAGAGGACAGCCAAUACCUUCUUUGGGGUGGCGAAUCUGACUUUGCAGCAUCCCCUCUGACAGCCUCAGGAACAUUUCUGGCUGUGUCAGCCAAAAUUCCUGCCGGGGACUGCUGCAAUGCAGCACACCACACCCCCGCCGGCGCUGAGCCCGAGCCUGGACAGCCGGUGCUGCUCGGCUGCAGCCCUGGCGCUGCCACAGGCGUCCCUGCUCCUCCUCCUGAGCGAGCCCGGUGAUCUCCGGUUGCCCGGCACCCCGUCCCGCGGGCGGUUCCCGUCCGCAGCUGGUGUCACAGCAGCGCGGCGCGCUCGCCUUCUCCCGGCGCUGCUGCGGAACGCGCUGCUGCGGAACGCGCUGCUCCCCGAAGGGCUCGGCCGCGGUUUCGGAUUUCAUUGCCCUCGCACGCUGCACCCGAAUUCCAGACGCGUUCUGGCUGCGCUGCUGGAUGGACUCUGAGCGUCGGUGCUGUGCCGUACCCAGCGGAGGCAGACGGGGCUUCCCUCGGCUCCACGGAGUGCACCAUGAAGACGUCAAUUGUGUUCUUGCUUUGCCUCUCAGUUUUCCCCGGCUUUUCCCAGGGCAGGGUUGUUAGAGAGGAUGAAACUGGUUUUGCCGAGUGUAACGUGUUCUUCCCCGGACAAGUCCCACCAGAAGGAUUUACGGAGCCGUUCCAUGUGAAAAUCUGUCAGCAGUACAACAAGGAGCCACGCUUUGCAACCCUCUACAGUACUAAGGACAAAAUCCCUCUUUAUUCAGCUUUUAAGUUUACAAAGCCAGCUCAGAGUGAGGAGGAGAGGUGGCUGGUUGAACCGCAGAUAGAUGAUCCAGAAAAUGACUUGCAUGAAAUGGUGCAUGAAGCCGAUAUUGGUGGCACUGUGGCCAACCUUGGUGAAAAUCAAGCCCUGACCUCAGACUACGUGGGCUCUGGCUACGAGAGAGGCCUUCUCAAUCCCAGUUUGCUUAAUGAGGAGGAUUUCCAGGUGGCCACUUACACACUCACAAACGCUGUGCCUCUGAGCCCAGCUCUGAGCAAAAGCUGGCACAGAGACAUUGGGAAAGUAGUGGAGCAAGCUCUGAUCCCUCACUGUUCCAAGAUGGAUCAUCUAUAUCUCCUUGCAGGCGCAAUUCCUUCGGGUGUCCAAGUUAAAGGCAAGAUGUCAGUGCCAGAGAGCCUCUGGCUGGCAGCCUGCUGUGAUGCUCCAGAGGGAUGGUCCCUGGGACUAGUGAAAAAAAUCAAUGAUGAAAACAGCUUGGCAGACCUCACGGUGAGAGAGCUGGAGAAGCAGCAUCUACCAGGAGUUCACUUGUUCAAGGGCAACUGUAGGGAAGACAAACAAAGCCAGGAGAAAAGAGAAGCAGUAUUGCAAGCUGUCAGUCAGAUCCGCUCUGGAGAGCAAGUAGGAACAAGUAAGAACCAGGAGAAUACAAGAAUAAGUAACAACCAGGAGACCGAAGACAGUGGCUUGAUGAGAAGAGUGGCUGGCAUCAUUGCUACCCCUUUCAUCAAACUUCUGGAACUCCUCAUCUACAUCGUCGUGCAGCUGGUGAAACUGGUGUUUUAUUUUCUGUGGCUUGUUGUAAAGCGAGUUGUUGGUACCAUUCUGGAUGGAGUCUGCAGCCUGUGGAACGGGGUGGUGUCCUACCUUAAAGCCGUCAGCAUGGUGCUCAUCUGCAUCCCCUAUGAUGUUGGGAGGGUCAUCAUCAACAUCUUCCUGGGCUUCCUGCAAAAUGUUCAAGACGUGAUGUUCCUCACCUACAGGAUCCUGAGCAUCCCCAUGGGGUUCGUCCUUCACCUUGCUGCUUUCCCUUACCACACCAUCUGUGCCGUUCCCUCUGUCCUCAAAGACGUGGCCACUGGGGUUGGGGGCACCUUUGCGCUGGUCGUCGACACCACAGCUGCGGUCCUGCAUGGCUUUUAUUACCUGGCUUGUCACAUCCUCAAGCGGUUUGUCCCUAAAGGCUCCUCUGACGACUGACGGGCGGAAACCAAGGCUGCAGAUACGUGGAAUGAAGGAGAAGAGGGGCAAUGCUUUCAGAGACGUGGCCAAAUGCUGUCAAUUUCAUUCUGGUAUUUAUUGCAGUGACACUAAUAAAAAUGAACUGACUGGGGAAUAGCAAGGAGGCCCAAGGCGAUGUCGCUCGGGGCACCACUACUGUAACUCGAGUUCUGUCUGUUGUAAAAUGUUUGGGUUUUAUCAGUGCAGGCCACAAAGUUUAUGUGGUUUGCAGGUGUUGAGAUGCUUCCUCUGGGAAAUGCACGCUGAAUGUGGUACGAGGUAAUUUCUUUCUGGCUAUGAUGACACUGAGACUUAUGCAGUGGCAGUGAGCUCUGUAGAAGCCCAUCCCUUCCAAGGAGCAGGUGGGACAUGAGUUACAGAGGGUUACUGGGACUUGAUGCAAGGAUGGAGGUAAGAGUGCAAGGACUUGAGGCUGGGAAACAGCAGGGAGCAGGGUGGAAGGGGGGCAAGGUCCUGCUGCUGGCUGCAUUGCUCUGGUGUCCCACUGGUGGAGGGGAUGCAGCUGGGUAUAUCUCAUAAUCUUCAGGCCUUUCCAGACAUCUGAAAUUGCAUGGAUCUUGCUGCAAGGAAAGACCUACUGCCCUUUUUUUUUUGUUGUUGUUGCUUGAUGGGAAAGCAUUUUUCCUUAGCCAUACCAGGAUCAUCUUCCCCCAACCCUUCCUUGCUGUCUGGUGACCACUGAAGGUCUGAGCCCUGCAUCUUCAAGAUGCGGUGUUCCCUGAAGGUCUAAGGCCAUGAAUGUCUUAGCCCUGAAGCCCUUGUGUCUGCUCCAGUGCCCAGUCAAUCUGGGAGCCGCACUUUUGGAUUCAAAUCUGUUGCCACCUGCCUUGUCUCCCUUGAGAGCUGACUGCUCCUGAAGUACACAGAGGACUGUCAGGUGGGAGGAGAGGCAGGAGGGAUCCCAGGCUGCAGCGCUUGUUUUGCUGUGUGAACACCCAUCUGGUGAGCCCACGCACAGAGAGACACCUCAGUGUCAGAGGUGAAACAGUUCCUUUUCUGCACAGCUUAUCCUCUCUGCUCACUCCUCACCCCUUCUUCCCUCUGCCAGCAUGAGCCAUGUACCCAAACAUCUGCAGCCCUGGAGCUGGGGCACACAUCAGGGCUUUGCAGGGGACCAACAAAUAUUUGCAGCCAGAUGAGGGGCACAGAGACAUCUGCCACUGCUGGAGAAGGUCACAGGAGUGCUGCCCUUCCCUGGGGCUUGGCUCAGCAAGGGCCUUUGGAUCUCUUGGUGCAGUUGCCUGAAGGAGGGAGGCUUCCUGUCUCAGCAACAUUUACUUUGGCUGGACUUCAAGAGGCAUUUGGGAGUCUUAUGUAUGUGGUUCCUUCCUUUGACACCCUCUGUGUCUCUCCCUCCAGCAUCACCUUGAUUUGGACCCCUGGUCUACCAUAGCAUCCCAUAAUGAGUCCCAGGAGUGAGCAAGCUGAUGCUGCCAUCUCAGUGGUGCUGUGCUGGGAGUAGCCUGCCCUGGGUUGAAGAAAACAUGGCAGCUUUGCCUCUCUGCACCAUGUAGCCUGCAGCAAGGCUGAUCUGGCAUGGAUGGAUUCAGAGGGAAAAGGAGAUUUGGCUGGUUCAUGAUGGGACAGAAUUGUUUCUUUAGCUCAGGGGCUGUGUUCAGUGCAACCACAUGUGUGUGCACAUCUCAGCCCAGCACAUCCUGGCCAGGUUCACCCUGUUCAGCAGUGAUGCAAAUGGCAGAGUUGGGGAUGCCAACAAUGGUGACAAAGUGGGGGAGCAGUGGCAUGAGUGGGAAGAGGCAAUGACUCCCUGUCCCGCCCUUCAUGGGCCACUGCUGGUUUAUGGAGAAUGAGAGGCUGUCGGCAAGCAGAACUGGCUUUGUUUAAAGGGAAAGGCAGCUUUUGUGUGCCAGUAUGGGUUGUGGUUGGGUAAAGUCAGUGGUGUUUUGCUAUGAGAAUGUUUGGUGCAAGGCACAAGGUCACUGCUCCUGACAGGCAGAGAGCAGCCAGUGGAUGCUCUCCAAACUGAACUUUGCAUGUCUGCCCACUCAAACAUGCCUGGUCUGCUGUCAAGACAGAUAUGGAGCUGAUUUCCCACCCUUUCGACACCCUGUCUCAAUCCUGGUGCUCCUCUAGGGCUACAUGGCGGCUGUCAAGGCAGGAAAGAAGCCAGCUCAAGCCCCAGGGGAUGCUAGGGUGGGCUGACAGGAUCCCCAGCCUGGGGGCCCCAGGAUCCCCAGCAGCCUCUGAAGGCACAUGGGAUGGCAGCAGCUCUCAAGUGCAGCCCAAGCACUGGGAGAAGGGGUAGCUGCCCCCCACAGCUGUCUUGCACCUUCUGUGUGGCCUUAUCUCUGACCUGUCUUAGCUGUGUGGCACUGCACAGCAGCCAGCCAGGCACUUCCUGAGGGCUCUGUGCCCAGAGCAGCUUCCCUACCCCUGAACCCAGCAGCCUUUGCAUCCCAGGGCCAGCAGCACCUCCAGUGCAGCUCUGCAGAUGCAGUGAUGUGAGAGCUCAUGGGCUGAUGAACAGCAAAGCUGAGGCGCCUCAGGAGGUCUGCACUGUCAGUUUGCCACCACUGUUGCUGCCCCCCCUAGCUCAGGCCAGCACAGCUCUGCUGCAGCCAUGACUCCUGACAGCAAGUGGACAGUCCUUGAAAUCUAAGGUGCUGCAGCUCUAUAGGAUUUGGGCAGAUGUGCAACAGUAUUAUUAAAAUUGUCUUAACAUGCUCAGAUUUCAAAUGUUAAUAACAGUAACUGGCAUGGGGCAUUUCUCUUCUGUGCUGUGUGUCUGAGCAGGCAGUGGGAAAUCUGCCUUGAACAUUGAGCAGUUAUCACAGAACAAGCAACAUCCUGCAAAAAAACCACUGUUUGAGAUUCUCCUGAUCUAGGCAUGAUUUAUGGCUCCUGAGCUUUACUCUAUCCUUGGAAACAUAUGGCUUCAACAAAAUAAAAUUACUUUUCCUAA